AUGCCCAAAAAACAGAAGAAGUCUUUUGUUUUCAAACCAACAAAUACUCCGCAUCAUUCUCUCACUUCCAGACCCCGUCAGAAUGAUCGACCUGCAGGUUCCACAACAUCUGACUCGCCUUCAGUCAACGAUCUGAUCAGCCAUCUUCGUCGCACACAAGCACGAAUUUCCUCCGAGCACGACACUCCGACCUCUUCACGAUCUCUUCACUCCCAAGGAUCCGUUCAUCCAUCUCUCAGAAAUCUCCUGGAGCUCCCAGACACCCCGCCACCUCGGCCUCGCUUUGGUGCUCGCCGUACCGUCAUCGGCGGGCGCCCAGUCCGAUUAACCCCGGGGCCUCCGCCCCCAAACAGCUGGCUGUCGGGGUACAGAGAAGGAUCCCCCGAAGAAGUCGCGCUGGCGACUACCGGACAUGACAAAACUAUUAUAUAUCGUCUAGACAGACUACCGGGGGCAGAGUUGCCACCCAAGUCUAGUCUACUUCAUGCAGCUCUCAAGGCCAUGGCCUUGAAAUGGGCCUGGCAUUUGGAUUACGAUGGACCAUUCCUGGCUCAUUUCCCUCCUCAUAUCAAAGAGAUCCUGCUCAGCUAUGUCGCCGUCUAUGCGGUUCGUGCGAGAACUCAGCCACUCAAAGGACGGAUGAGAGGCCUGAAACCACUGUUUCUCACCGAGGCUGAUAACACUGAAAACGCUGGGGAUGGAGACGAAGCUGACGUGGAGAAGGUUGCAAAUCUUGAUACAAAUACCCGCCGGUUGGACCUGGCGUGGGCAUUGGGCUACUGGAUGACAUUCAAACAACUCUCGAGCGAGCUGUUCAUCCCCGCAAAGUCAGCACCUGCAGUCUCCCAAACUGUGCCCGAGGAGGGUCUCCCUGCCUCGUGGGAUGAACAAAUCGAUGGCGAUUCUGCGGAGGAGGUCACUCCAUCUGCUGCUACGAUUGGUUCCAUUCCAAAACCCAUCAGCCAAAAUGUUCGCUUCACCAAUCUCCGCUACCUCUCCCUCGCGCACCCAGUCCCCGGCGCUGCAAGCUGGAACUCCCUUCUCCACCUUCUUUCCCGUCUUUCAACCAUCACACAUUUGUCUCUGGCCCAUUGGCCCGCUCCCACGCGAACCCCUCAUGCCGCUCCUCCGCGUAUGCGCCCACCGAAUCACCAUGGCCCCACGUUCGUCCACGGCGGUACAGAUGCGUACUCCGGAAUGGAAAACAACUGGGCAGAAGCAGCAGGAAUCCUUCGACAGCUCUCUCGUUAUACCUACUGCCUGAAAUGGCUGGAUCUCGAAGGCUGCUCUGAAUGGAUUCCCGCGCUGACAUGGACGGGCACUGACCCAGAUGGCCUACCCUGCCGCCCGGGCACAUCAGGCCCAGAAUGGAACGGGUCUUGGAGAAAUGUUGAAUGGAUUGGCCUAGGUCCGGGCUUCGAGUACCCAGCAGACAAGGACUUUCUCCGACCUAUCGAAAGACAUAUCUCAGCAAUUCAAGGCCUGCCCGCUCAGUCGUACUUCUCGCCUUCGUCGCUGGCCGGUUCUAUUCAUGCGCCGGUCAAUGCUUUCCAAAAUCUCUCUAUGCAGGACCCGGUGGAUCUCAAUGAUCCUCCACGAACUCCUCCUCCCACAGAGCUACCAUGGAAUGUGGAGGAGGAGCGCUGGGCGUAUCGUCGUGAUAAAGAGCGUCAGGCCUGGCACGAUGCGGUUAGUAAGGCGAGAGAGAUGUGCGUUGAAAUUCGGGCUAUCAGGAAGACCGGGCGUGGAAAAUGGAUCGAGGCGUUUACCGGAGGAGAGAAAGAGUCUUGGGAAAGCCACUCCAAGCAAAGGCGUUCAUGA